GAUGGUACUAGAUACUAGUAGUGUACAGAGAGAUUAAAGGAGGAAAGGUCAUGUCAAAACAACACAACAUGCUCCAAAUCUCUGAAAGGAGUCUGAGUAGGGAGGAAGGGAGAGAGCAGCAGAGGAGUAAUAAUAACAAGAACAAACAAACACACCCUCGCUCGCGCUCUGAUCAAUCACUCACUCAUUGCCCUCUCUCCCCUCCCCCUAUUUCUAUCUCUUUCUCUUUUUCUCUCUAAUUCACUCACUCACUCAUUGCCUGUGUUUGCUUUCUCUCCGUCUCCUUAGCCUCUGCUUCUGGGGGGACUUUCCCCUUCUCCCUCGCUGAUACCACCUCCCAUACACCACUCUCUCUCUCUAGCUAAGUGCAAGACUCACUCUCUCUGUACUACUCUCUCCUUUUCUUUGAUCAGUAGUACUCUCCCCCUACACCUCAGCCGCGCCUACUCAUCAUCAUCUUUAUAUGCUUAUUCUUUGCCAUUUGUUUCCGGCUAAGAAAUAGAGAAGAUAUAAAGAUCCCAAAAACGAAGAGAAACUUGCAUGAACCAGCAGCCCGGUAUCCUUUAUUAUAAUUAGUCUCGUAUCGUAUCACAUCAUACUCCCAGCAGGCACAAUAAGGAGAGAGGAGGCGUUCUUCUUUCAUUUUUGAUCGACUUUCAACAACCAAGAGGAGAAGGUGGAAAUGGCUUCUUCAUCAAAUUCUCCAUGUGCAGCCUGCAAAUUUCUGCGGCGCAAAUGUCAACCUGAAUGCGUAUUUGCCCCUUACUUCCCACCUGACCAGCCACAAAAAUUUUCCAAUGUCCAUAAAGUUUUCGGGGCAAGCAAUGUCACAAAACUUCUCAACGAAUUGCACCCUUCUCAGCGUGAAGAUGCUGUCAAUUCCUUGGCCUACGAGGCCGACAUGCGUCUCCGUGACCCGGUUUAUGGCUGUGUUGGGGUCAUUUCACUCCUUCAGCACCAACUUCGCCAGCUGCAGAUGGAUCUUAGCUGUGCAAAAUCUGAACUCUCCAAAUAUCAGAACUUGGGCAUCAAUGGCCAUGCUGGAUCACUAAUUGCGGCCGCAGCCGCUGCAGCUACAGCCACGGCAACAACGCAUCACCACCACCACCACCCACAAAAUCUGGGGAUUAAUUUGAUUGGAGCUGGAGGGGGAGGAUCUAGGGAUCACCACUACCACCACCAGUUUUUUUCUAGGGAUCAGCAACAGAUGAUGAGGAGCUUUGACUCGGGGAAUAACUAUGACGCAAGCCUUCUUGCUAUGAAUGUCUCUGCAAGUAUUGGGCAACUUAGUCAGUUCCAGCAACCAAGAGCCGCUACUGGAGAUGACCGCCGCACCAUCGACCCCUCUUAGGGUUUCUCUUCCACAGGGCUCCACAUUGAAGGGACUCACUCUUGAUCAUCAUCAUCAUAAAGAAAAACAACUAGAAAGUGAUGGGAAAUUCUAUCUCGAACGAAUUGAUACCCCUUUUUUAUAGAAAUUUUUGCUACUCGUGUCUAAGUUUAUAUAUAAAUGUGUCCCUCUCUCCUAGUUCAAACUUUCUUGUCAUUUUGUUAUUGGCCCUUGAAAGCAAGAUAUAUUUGCUUGCCAUGCCAAAAAUGUACUUACUUAGCUCUUCCAGUCUCACAGCAGCUAGCACCAUUAAUUUGCGGGGUUUUGUUUCUUACAACGUGCCAUGGCUGGCAGGCAUGCAUGGCCUAGUUUUUGUUUCUAUCCUUUGAACCUUUUCUAUUUAAACAGAGGCAGCCAUAUUAUAUAUUUGUAGUUUUAAUCA